AUAUUCAAAAGCUCUAUAAAAAUUGAGGAUGAAUAACUCUGAAAUUGGAAGACUUUAAUUAAGCCUCAUAGCAAAUGCCCACCCAGGCCAGUGGGCAUUCCCAGUUGUGUUGUCAAGGGGCAGCCAGGCAAGAAGUGACAGUCCCCUCCUUUCCCACACCCAUGUGCCUGCUUCAGCCUUAAGUGGACUCUUAAGGAGCAGUCACAGAAAGAAUCUGGUAAGAGCUGGCACUUGGGUUCUUGGGGCCCCUGUCCCCAUCCCAAGUCCAACCUGAGGCAUGAACAGAAAGUGUUGAAUGUUCGUGCAGUUCAGCAGAGGGUCACCAGAAAACUAAAGGAAGCUUCCACCAGUUUUCUCUAGUCUGAUUGUCCUCAGCCAUCUGAUCUUCCAUUCACUUACCCAUCUUUCCUUCAGCUAAAAUUUUCUGAAGAUAGACUGGGUAUGGUGGUGUACCCCUUUAAUCCCAGGAGAGGCAGGCAGAUCUCUGAGUUCAAAGCCAUCAUGGUCUACAGAGUAAGUUCUAGGACAGCCAGGACUACACAAAGAAUUUGUCUCAAAAAUAUAAAUAAGAUAAAAAUUUCUGAAGAUUAUGUAACAGUGGUCAUAGCGGCACAUGAUCUGAGCACAUUGCUAGGACAGAGACGAUAAAUCCAUAUGGUAUAGGGGCUAAGCAGGCAAUAUCAAUUCAUGAACCCAGUCUAUAAAAGAAUAAGAACUGAGAAUAGGGAAGUGCACACCCUAUUCCAAAGGACAGUCAGAGAUAUUUACUCACAUCCAGGCUAUUUCUGAAUAUAGAAACAAGGGUUGAACAAGGCCAGGUCUAAUAUGUGAUCCUGAAGGUCCAGUUUUGUAUGCAUAAGUUCAACUGUUCAGAAACAUUAGCAAUUAAUUAAAAAGUAAAAACUAGACAAUCCAGACAAAAUAUGUCUAUAGCUUAUGUACAGCCUGCAGGAUCCCAUUAAAUGGCCUCUGCCAUGCAAUUUUAGCCUGAGACAUGAUGAUUCUUUGGUCAAUUCUUAAAAAUAAAGUCAAGGUAGUUUCUGGAGAGACUUACUACAUGUCUCUGUGAUAGUUCACAAAGCAGACUGUUGGAAGGAACCUAGGGAACCAGGACAUCCCAUGGGUCCCGUUAUAACUGGGUAUGGAGGGUUGUGGAGAUGGCUCAGCUGGUAACGUGCUGGCCAUGCAAGUCUGAGGACCUGAGUUCAAGCUCCAGAGCUCACAUUCAAGCCAGAUGUGGGGCAGGGGUUAAGUGUCCUUGUUGCUUUAGCAGAGGAUGCAAGUUUGAUUCCAAGCACCCACAUGGGAGCUCACAACUUCUUGUAACAUUAGCCCCAAGGAACAUGAUACCUUCUUCUGGCUUCUGUGGGUACCUCCAUACAUGUGGCAUGCACACACACACACACACACACCUUUUUUUUUUCAAGAUAGGGUUUGUCUGUGUAGCUUUGGCUGUCCUAGAACUUGAACUCACAGAGAUCCUCCUGCCUCUGCCUUGUGCUGGCAUUAAAGGUGUGUGCCACCACCACCCAGUCACAUACACCUUUUAAAUCCUAAUGGUGAUUUUAAAAAAACAAAACACUUUAACACAAAUCAUGUGAAGUCUCGACCCUGAUCCUAAUCUUUAUCCAUGUGAGAUUCAGUAACUUCUGUAGUCCCAAGACAAAAUGGAAAUUAGGGGGAGUAGCAGAGGGACAUGAGGCUGUGUUGGGAGAAGUGGUCAGAUCAUAGGUUCAGACCAGAAUGGAAAGUACACUACAGGGCUACCCUGGACUGUUCCCACCAUUUGCACCAGUAAAGCCCUUAGGAAAUCCUGAGCCAAAUCCCAGUAUCACUCAAACUACAAAUGGGAAUUACUUCUCAGCACCCCCCACUUGCCAAUCCAAAGCCUCCUGAAACUGUCAGUGUAAAUGGACAGUGGGUACAGAGAUGCCCUGCACACCCCUGCGAUGCUCAAUGAAUCACAUAUCUGAAACCUCUUUAAACAGGAGAGAUCACAAUGCAGGAAGUCAACUGGUCCACCGUGACAGAAUUCAUUUUAUUGGGCUUCACCCCUGACCCCAGGACCAAUCCUCUGCUCUUCACUUUCUUUUUAGUCUUUUACCUGUUGAUCCUCGUGAGCAACAGUCUCCUCAUUACACUCAUCCACCAGGACUCACGUCUUCACACACCCAUGUACUUUUUCAUCGGUGUCCUCUCCACGCUGGAUGUGUGCUAUACCACCACCACUGUGCCCCAGAUGCUGGUUCAUAUUCUCAGCAAGAAGAGGGCCAUCUCCUUUACAAGAUGUGUGGCCCAGAUGUACAUCUUUCUCCUUUUUGGCGUCACUGAGUCCUGGCUUUUCUCCAUCAUGUCUGUGGACAGGUAUGUGGCCAUCUGCCACCCGCUCAGGUACAAGGUCAUCAUGAGCCGUGGAAUGUGUCUCCUAAUGGUGGGUAUCUGUGCCACUUAUGGUGUGGUGGGUGGCCUGUGCUAUACUUUCUUUGCUAUGCGACUGCCCUAUUGUGGUCCUAAUGAAAUUGAUCACUAUUUCUGUGAGGUCCCUGCUGUUUUGAAGUUAGCCUGUGCCGACACAUCCCUCAAUGACUUGGUGGAUUUCAUCACAGGCUUCAAUGUCAUUGUGGUCCCACUCUCCCUCAUUGGCAUCGUCUAUGCCAACAUCUUCACCACCAUCAUGAAGAUCCGCUCAACCCAGGGGAGGAUCAAGGCCUUUUCCACCUGUGCCUCCCACAUCACUGUGGUCACCAUGUUCGCCAUCCCGUGUAUCAUCAUGUACAUGAGUCCUGGCUCUGGCUCCUUAUCAAACAGUGGCAAGAAAAUGGCCCUCUUCUAUAACAUCGCCACAGCCUUCCUCAACCCUGUCAUCUAUAGUCUGAGGAACAAGGAUGUGAAAAGGGCUUUCCUCAAAGUGGUGGGAUGGAGUGGGGCUCCAGAGUGACACUUUAAAGCUGAGUGCCUGGGGAGCUGAACCAAGUAGGACUUACAGUCACCACCUUCCCAGGAACUCUUCCAUGAGAUAAGCAGGAUCCCGACUCCAUAAAGAUACAGCUCUUCACCCUUGCCCAGGUCGGGGAGGAACAGGAGGCUCAGACAUCUACAGUGAGUGAUGCUCCCUGAGACAGACGAUUAUGAAGGAAGGGCCCACCGGUCAAGAACCUGGGCUUUACUGCCAGACAGAACAGGGCUAGAAGAAUUAAUGUUGAGUUUGAAUGUGAACCGUCCCUCAUAGGCUCAUGUAUUUUAAACACUUUGUCCCCAGCUGGUGACAAUGUUUGGGAAGGUUGUGGAACCUUUAGGAGAUGAAGCCUGGCUAGAGAAAGUGGGCCAUUGGGUUUUAUGACAUGGUCUCACAUCCUGUACCACCAAGAUGUCGGGAGAUGUGGAGUCCCAGCUGCACACUGUCGCUUUCAUGGAGCCACCUGCCACAUGCCUUCCCCACCACGAUGGACUAUGUCCCUUCAAAAUGUAAGCCCCAGCAAACUCUUCCUCCCUUAAGCUGCCUCUUGUCAAAUAUCUGGUCACAGUAACAAGGAAAGUGACUAAUAAAGUUUUAUCAGUUACUAAGUAUGUGAAUUUUACAAGUCACUUAACUACUAAGAAAUUAGAGUUUUCUAAUUCUUUCUCACAGGGAGAUUGCAAUGAUUACAUGAGGUAAUAUAUGAAAAUACCUGCUACGGAGGAUGGCAUAUUUUAGCUUCUUUCAGCAAGUGUUUAUUAUUUUUCAAACACUUCUUUUUAAAUUCUUAUUUUAUUUUUACUUUAUUUGUGUUGGGGUGUUUUGCCUGCAUUUAGGUCUAUGCACCACAUGCAUGCAGCUCCCAUGGAGGCCAGAAGAGAGCAUCAGAUUCUUCUGGCACCGGAAUCACAGAUGUUUGGGAACCACUAUGUGGGUGCUGGGAAUCAAACCCAAGUCCUCUGCAAGAGCAGCCAGUGUUCUUAACCACUGAGCCAUCUCUCAAGCCCUUUAUAUUCAAUGUUUUAUAUUCAUUAUUGAGCAAUGAACCACCAUGCAUCAAUCAGCUGUGAUCCUCUUGGGUUCUGAAAGUGGCUGGAGAGAGUAAAGGAAAAGAGAGGGAAAUGGAAGAUGCAGAAACUCAAAGAGACUCUGCUGAUAAGCAAAGCUGCAUCUGCCCCUAGAGCAUCUCCAGAUGUUAUGGAGGAAGGGCCACUGCUAAACGUCUCUGUGCUUUUGAAAAGAAUGUCUGCUUCUGUUUUUUCUCAUUGCUCCUUGUUUAAAUAAAGUCCAUUCUGGCAACUUUCAGCCUGUCUUGAUGCUAUCAAAAAAAAAAAAAAAAAGACUCUGUCCACACAAGGGUCAGAGAAGUGAGGGAAAGCAGAAGUAGAGAGUGGGUAUAGCGUUACCCUGGGUCUGGGGAGAGAAAGGGACCCAAUGGGGAGUUUGAAAUUGGCUAUUUCAUGAAUGGAGGGGCCUUCCUUCCCACACUCUCCUCAUUCCACUCAGGGUCUUUAUAAGCGCAAAUCAUCUCUGUGGGUUUCACUGCUCUUCAGCUGCACUGCUAGGCACCACCACAUUUAUUGGCUUUUGCCUUUACUUGAUGCUGCAGGAACUACUGCACCCACCAAAGAGGAGGCUCUCCUUCUGUGGGAGGCCUAGCGGCGUGCCAUAAGUUAAUAUGAACUCUUGAGUCCUUCCCCAGGUCCUUGCUUCCUAUCAAACCCCUUGCAGGAGAAUGAAGAAGAUAGGAAGGAAGAGGGAGGAAGAGAGGAAGGAAGGGGAGGAGGGAGGGAGGAAGGGGUCAACUUUGUUGGUCUGGAAUGUUUAACAUCAAGACUGAUGGCAUAGCCUUGCCCCUUCAUGAGAAUCCAGGGCCCUUGCCAAGGGAGCAUGUUCCCAGUGUUCUCAAAUGUAUUACCUUAUCUACCAACCAGAGCCAGACUGCUGCAUAAAUAAUGAAUCAAAAUGAGAUAUAAGUAAUGAACAGGGCCUAUAGCUGCAGCAUACGGUUACAUGGUGUUAUUGACAAAGAAGGGGCUUUUAUAAAUUAUUCAGAAAAUAUGGGGCCAGUGAGACGGCUCAGCAGGUAAAGGCACAUGCCACCAGGCCUCACGUGUGCUGUGGUGUGUGUGUGUGUGUGUGUGUGUGUGUG